GAAUAGUUAUGGUCAGUCAUGGAGAAUAACCUGGAAACUUGUCCCAAAGGGGAUAGUGAUUUUGUUUCUGAUAAAGUAAAUUUUAAAAUAGAGGAAGAAGAUGAUGAUCCAAUUUCUACUCAUAGUUUGGGAAGAGUGGACUUUAAAAGGGAGCAAGAGGACAUGAAGCAGACGGACAGCAGCGAUGAGCAGGCAGAGGCCAGAGACACGAGCUGUAACAGGAAGCCCCCUGGGAAGUGCCUGCCCUCCGAGAACGAGGACGACUACGGGUCUCUGUUCUCCCAGUACAGCAGCACACUGUACGACGUCGCCAUGGAAGCCGUGACGCAGAGCCUCCUUUCCAGCCGAAACAUAACCUCCAGGAAGAAAUCUCCAGCUUGGAAACAUUUUUUUAUCUCUCCUCGGGAUAGCACUAAAGCAAUAUGUAUGUACUGUAUGAAAGAAUUUAGUAGAGGUAAAAAUGAGAAAGACUUAAGUACAAGCUGUCUCAUGAGACACGUCCGGCGAGCACACCCCACCGUGCUCAUUCAGGAAAACGGAAGCAUAUCCGCCGUGUCCUCGUUUCCUUCCCCGUCACUCCUGCUUCCGCCACAGCCUGCAGACGCAGGAGACCUCAGCACCAUACUCUCACCCAUCAAACUGGUCCAGAAAAUGGCACCUAAGAUCCCAUCCCCCGAUCGAAUAACAGAGGAAUCUGUGUCUGUAGUGUCUUCUGAAGAAAUCUCCUGCGACAUACCUGUUUCUGAGAAGUACGGCCGAGAAGAAGCCCUGGUGGGGUCGUCUCCCCACCUGCCCACUCUCCAUUAUGAUGAAACCACAGAGAACAUCAUGGAGAAAAACCUUCCACUUCCAAAGAGCACAUCUGGGUCCAGAAGAAGGUCUGCCGUCUGGAAGCACUUCUACCUGUCGCCUCUGGACAACUCCAAAGCCGUCUGCAUUCACUGCAUGAACGAGUUCAGCAGAGGAAAGAACGGGAAGGACCUGGGCACCAGCUGUCUCAUCAGGCACAUGUGGAGAGCACAUCGCUCCAUCGUGCUGCAGGAGAACGGGGGCACGGGCAUCCCACCCCUGUACUCCGCCCCUCCCACCCUCCUGCCCGCCCUCCUGCCUCCGGAGGGGGAUCCGAACUCCAUGUCGUCAUCCCCAGGAAAACUGGUCAAAGAGUCCCCUUCCGCUUCUUCCUCUCCUGAUCAGCUGCCCGAAGACCUGCCAUCGCAUUUGAACCCCGGAGACACACUGAUGGAAGCUGUGUCAGUGCUGUCACCCUCUGAUGAUGUUGGGGAGGCCUCGGCGUCCUCUGCCGCGAAGCAGCCGGCCCGUGGAUUGCGGCCUAGAGCGUUUGAGUCUGGUGCUGUCUUCCAGCAGAACAAAAAGGUCAUGAAAAGACUGAAGUCGGAAGUUUGGCAUCACUUCUCGCUGGCGCCCAUGGACAGCCUCAAGGCAGUGUGCAGGUACUGCAGCUGCGUCAUCAGUCGGGGGAAGAAGGGUGACGUGGGCACCAGCUGUCUGAUGAGGCAUCUGUACAGACGCCAUCCUGAAGUUGUCGGGAACCAGAAGGGCUUUCUAGGUGCAAGUUUGGCAAAUUCUCCGUAUGCUACGUUGGCUUCUGCAGAAAGUUCCUCCUCCAAAUUAACUGACUUGCCAACGAUGGUCACAAAAAAUAAUCAGGUUAUGUUUCCAGUUAAUAGCAAAAAGACCUCAAAGCUGUGGAAUCACUUUUCUAUUUGCUCUGCAGACUCCACUAAAGUCGUGUGCUUGCACUGCGGCCGGACGAUCAGCAGAGGGAAGAAGCCCACUAACCUGGGCACCAGCUGUCUUCUGAGACAUCUGCAGAGGUUCCACAGCAACGUGCUGAAGACCGACGUCUCAGAGACAGCGCGGCCCUCUUCUCCGGACAGGCGUGCGCCGCUGAGCACAGAAUUAUCAGGAGCUUCCUCCUUCGAUGACACCAAUGAGAAGUUUUAUGAUUCUCACCCAGUUGCCAAAAAAAUCACUAGUCUCAUAGCUGAAAUGAUCGCGCUUGACCUUCAGCCAUAUUCCUUUGUAGACAAUGUUGGCUUUAACAGGCUGCUCAAAUACUUGAAACCUCAGUACUCCCUACCCUCCCCGUCUUACUUCUCGAGGACGGCCAUCCCAGGUAUGUAUGAUAAUGUGAAGCAGAUAAUUAUGUCACAUCUUAAGGAAGCUGAGAGUGGUGUGAUCCACUUCACUUCUGGAAUAUGGAUGAGUAACCAGACCCGGGAGUACCUGACCCUCACGGCUCACUGGGUCUCCUUCGAGUCGUCGGUCCGCCCACAUUGUGAGGACCACCACUGCUCAGCACUUUUAGAUGUGUCACAGGUCGACUGCGACUACAGCGGCAACAGCAUCCAGAAGCAGCUGGAGUGUUGGUGGGAAGCCUGGGUGACCUCCAUCGGCCUUCAGGUUGGCAUCACGGUGACCGACAAUCCGAGCAUAGGAAAGACGCUGAACGAAGGGGAGCACACGAGCGUGCAGUGCUUCAGCCACACGGUCAACCUGAUUGUGAACGAGGCCAUCAAGAGCCAGAGAAUGGUGCAGAACCUCCUCAGCAUCGCACGGAAGAUAUGCGAACGGGUACACCGGUCACCCAAAGCGAAAGAGAAGCUGGCAGAGCUGCAGAGGGAGUACGAACUGCCGCAGCACCAUCUUAUUCAAGACGUUCCGUCCAAGUGGAGCACGUCGUUUCGCAUGCUUGAACGACUCAUUGAACAAAAACGGGCCAUUAACGAAAUGUCAAUCGAGUGUAACUUCAGAGAACUGAUCAGCUGUGACCAGUGGGAGGUCAUGCAGUCCGUGUGUGACGCGCUGAAACCCUUCGAUGCUGCGAGUCGGGAGAUGAGCGCCCACGUGUCUACUCUCAGCCAGGUCAUCCCCAUGAUCCACAUCCUCAACAGGAAGGUCGAGAUGCUCUUCGCGGAGACGAUGGGCAUCGACACCAUGCUGAAGUCCUUGAAGGAAGCCAUGGUGAGCCGGCUGUCCGCCACCCUCCACGACCCCAGGUACAUCUUCGCUACACUGCUGGACCCUCGUUACAAAGCCUCCCUGUUCACAGAGGAGGAAGCGGAACAGUACAAGCAGGAUUUAAUCAGGGAACUAGAAAUACUGAAUUCUACCUCAGACGACACGCUUGCCUCCAACGGGUGUGAUACAGGUUCCCCAUCGAAAGACUCCGCUGGAGAGGAGAACCUGUGGUCCCUCAUGGCCAAGAUGAAGAAGAAAGAUCUGAGAGAGAAGUUGCCUGAAGACAUGGUGCUCGCAUACUUGGAGGAGGAAGUGCUUGAACACAGCUGUGACCCGCUCGCCUACUGGAACCUGAAGAAGGCAUCCUGGCCAGGGCUGUCCGCCUUGGCCGUCAGGUUUUUGGGCUGUCCCCCAAGUAUCGUCCCUUCAGAAAAGCUGUUCAGCACACCCACUGAGAACAGUAGCUUUGGCCAGUCCAGGCUCAUGACGGAACAUUUUGAAAAACUUAUCUUUUUGAAAGUGAAUCUUCCCUUGAUAUACUUUCAGUAUUGAGGCUCGCAGCGGAGCCCCCAGACUCGAGAUGUUGUUGCUUCUCGGGCAUCAGCGGUUGGCACCGGGGCCUGUGACUCUGCCCGGGGCCACGCACGACAUCAGACCAGGCACUCUCAGGGCCGCUCUCCAGCUCUCGCCGAAACGUCUGCAGGUGCCUUACUCCUCCCACUCCUUCAGGCCAGGUAUCGCGGUGUGUUUUUUAAGAAGUCCGCUAGAAGUAGCUUGUGUUGUCAGCUAUGAAGUACGAUGACUAGGUUUCAAUUCAUA